AUGGAUGAGUUUCAUAUGGUGCUUGCUAAUAAUGGUUUAUUUGAUGUUAAGCCUGCUAGAGAUUGGUUUACGUGGCAUUAUGGGGGGUCGGCGAAUCAUGCUAUUAAGGAACAUAUUGAUCGUUUUGUUGCUUCCCAAAGUUGGCGACAAGCAUUUCCAAAUGGUAAGGUAUUUACUGAGUUUGCUGAAACUUCUAAUCAUUGUUAUUUAUUAAUGGAUACUGCUUGGGUUCAACCUUUAUCCAGGGAUCGAGGUGAUGAUUAUUUUUGUUUCGAACAAUGUUGGGCUUCUGAGGAAGCUUUUAGAAUAUUAGUUAAAGCUGCUUGGGAUCUACCUUAUUCUGAUAUUCUGGAUAAAAUUACUGAGGUUGGGUCAAAACUUAGUUCUUGGCAAAAGGUUCGUUUGGCUAUCUCUCGUGGCAGAAUUCAAGUUCUUCGGAAUAAAAUUAAUUCUUCUUUUAGCCGUCAUACUUCGGAGGCAGAAUUACAGAAUCUCAAAAGAGAUAAAAAUGAAUUGCAUCUUCUGCUUAAUAAGGAGGAGGUGUAUUGGAUGCAAAGUACUGUCUCUGAUGAUUCUGUUAUUGAUACUAUUGAUACGGUCAUUACUGAUGAAAUGAAUGGUGCGCUUUGUGAGGAUUUUACUACUGAUGAAAUCAUUGCAGCCUUUCUUGAUAUUUAUCCGCAGAAGGCACCUGGCAUUGAUGGGCUUCCGACGAGUUUCUAUCGAUUGCAUUGGGAUAUUGUUGGGGCUGAUGUGGUCUAUUUGUGCUUACAAUUGUUACAAGGUACGUUAGACAUGAGUUUGGUUAAUAAGACGGUGAUUGUUCUUAUUCCAAAAAUAUCUGAUCCUCAACAAAUGAAGCAUCUUCGCCCAAUCAGUCUUUGUACUGUAGUUUAUAAAAUUGUUUCCAAGGUUCUGGUUCGAUGGUUUAAGGGGCAUAUGGCGAGUUGCAUUCAUGAAACACAAGCUGUCUUUCUUCCUAGACGCCAAAUAUCGGAUAACAUAUUGGUGGCACAUGAGCUUAUUCAUUAUAUGAACUCUUCAAAAAUGGGGUUAUCCGCUCUAUUUAACCGUUUGCAUGCUCAAAAGAAGAUUCGUGAAAUGGGGGCAAGUCAGAAUGGUCCUAAGGAGGCUUCUAUUAUUUGCGAUGCUUUUGAUUCUUAUGAAGUUGCUUCUGGUCAAAAAGUGAAUCUUGAGAAAUCGAUAUUAUAUUUUAGUCCAAGUACGAGACAAGAAUGUCGUGAUCAGAUUUUGAGUAUCUUGGGUAUUGGCGAAGUGUCUGAUUUGGGACACUACCUUGGUAUGCCUCUUCACAUUGGAAAGAAUAAGACGAAUACAUUUGGUUAUUUGAAAGAAAAGGUUUCGAAUAGAAUUGAUAGGAAGACGAAACAUCUUCUUUCAUUUGGAGGUCGUGAGGUAUUUCUUAAAGCUGUUGCCCAAGCUCUUCCACAAUAUAUUAUGUAUUGCUAUCGGCUUCCUGAUUGUUUAGUUCAGGAUUUGGUGAGUAAUAUGAGGCACUACUGGUGGUCAAGUGAUGCUAAUAGGCGUGGUUGGCCAAUGGUUGCUUGGAAAACAAUGUGCAAACCCAAAAGACAAGGUGGGAUGGGAUUUCGGGACUUGCAGAGUAUCAAUUUGGCUUUAUUAGGCAAACAAUUAUGGUGUUUUAUUAAGGAUCCAGAGAGUUUGGUGGCUCGAGUUCACUAUGAUAUCUGGGGUGGUUCAAAAGUUGUUUAUCUCACGGGGAGUUAUUCUAACUCUGAUCUUAAUCCUCUUUAUUGUUCUGAUAUUAUGAUUGAUGGUUCUAAUGUUUGGAAUGAAUCUUUGAUUUAUAAGUUGUUUUCUAAGGAAUAUGCUAUGCAGAUUUUUUCAGUUCCUAUUGCACCUUGUGCUGAAGAUGUUAUUGUUUGGGCUAACCAUGAUUCGGGUAUCUACUCAGUUAGAUAUGGUUAUUGGUGGUUACAGAAACGAAAUCAUGAUAAUGAGAGGAAGUCUAAAUUGUGGUCAGUUAUGGGUAAAUUGAAAAUUCUUCCUAAGAUACGUGUGUUUGCUUGGCGGGUUGCCCGGAAUGCAUUACCUGUUGCAACCGGUGUGGCGUGGCUCUUGGUGACUAAUGCAAAGAUACUACAUCAGGACUAUUUAAGGGCUAUUAGUGUGGGGAUGAAUAAACAACGGUAUACAAAUACUGCUAUACGAUGGACUCCACCUUUCGAGGGACUUAUCAAAGUAAAUGUUGAUGGUGCCUUUGUUGCGGAGCGCCGACUGUCAUCAAUUGGAGUUGUUGCUUAUUUUGCAGAACUGUCUUCUUUACUCGCUGGUCUUAGAAUGGCUUGUGAUAUGAGAUGGUCUGAUGUUCAGUUUGAAACUGAUUCCUUGAUGCUCGUCCAUAAGAUUACACAAACUUCUAUAGAUAUUUCCACCCUCGAUGUGUAUGUUCAAGAGGCUCGUACUAUUUUUCAGGAUCAUCCUCGUUUUUGUAUUUUGCAUACUCCUAGAGAGUGUAAUCAGGUUGCUCAUGCAUUAGCCAGUUGGGCUUUAAAUUCGGGUGGUUUUUUGGUUUUUGAGUCAGUUUGUCCCGACAUCAUUGUUCAGAAUGUUAAAAACGAUGUCAUUGAUCUUUGA